CUCGUUCGGGAAAUGCAUAGCGAGCUGGGGCGUCAUCGCUCUCGGAGAAUGCUGGCCGUAUGAGGAUCGAACUGGGUUGGAGGAACAGUAUAUAACGAGCCGGUUUUCGAGCUGUUUGGGAUCAAUACAACACAAGCAACUCCAAGCAGUCUCACAACAACUUAGCAACAAGCGAACCAACACCAACACCAACUACCUCAACGAAAUCAACAUGUCUGGCUACAAAGUGUUCACUAUCGCUGGUGCAUCGGGGAAAGUCGGCAAGGCCGUCCUCGACGAACUCCUGCGCGUCAAGCCCGAGCUUGGACUCGAUGUCCGCAUCCUCACUCGCAAGGAAACCGGGAACGCAGCGAAGGACUCUGAGGAGCUCGAGAAACGGGGUGCGAAGGUGCUCCUGGUGGAUUAUGCGGACAAGCACACUGUCGUCCAUGCAUUGAAGGGCACGGACGUGCUCAUCUCUUGCUUUGGUGCAACCGGUCUCCCUCUUCAGACCGUCCUCGCUAAGGCCGCAGCGAUCGCCCGAGUGAAGCUGUAUGUUAACAGCCACUGGGGUGCGCCGAUGGACGAGUACCGAUACGGCCUGACGCACAUGAAGAUCAAAGAUGAGCCGAUCCAGGUCGCCGAACGCAUGCACCUUCCGUGGACGUACUUCCGCGUCGGUAUUUUCCCGGAGUUCACCAUCCACUUUCCCCUUCUGGAAUUGAACCUCAGCUCGGGCAAGUCCGUUAUCUACGGCACGGGCGAAACCCCGAAUUCGUGGACGACCAUCCCUGACGUCGCCCGAUACGCAGUCUACGUACUGACUCGCCUCCCGCCGUCUAAGUUGCACAACCGAGUGUUCCACAUCGAAGGCGACCGGAAAACGUUCAACGAGAUCGUGCGGUUGUACAGAGCCAAGCACCCUGCGGAGUAUCAGGUGACGUACAAGCCUGUUGAUGCACUCGAGGAGCUUGUGCAGAAGAGUGAGGGCAAGGACUUCUUUCACGCGCUGAUGAUUGAGUACGCCACUGGCCGAGUUGCGCACGAUCCGGCCAGGUUGGACAACGCCGAGUAUCCGGGGUGGAACCCUAAACAGGUUGCGGAUCUACUGUGAUUGGGGGUGGAGCUGACGAAGCACUCUGUCAUGUCCUAGUCGGUUGAGAUCGUACAAAAAAAGAUAGAUGAUAGACGACGUAAAUGACUUGUUGGCAGAGG